AUGGCAACAGUAACAUCACAUUAUUUACAGUCAUGCAAUCUGUCACAAACAAGAUUUAAUUAUGAAAGGAAAUUUCUUUUAAAUUUAGUUUUGCUCAUCACAUUAAAGAACCAAGAGUUACCUGAAAAAAGAAAACCCAUUGAAACUAUUUGUGAAACUGUUCAUCAAAAUAUUCGUAGUGAAGUAAAUGACUCAGACGAACCUUGUAGUUCAUCAAUAACACCUGAUAACAAAGUUCCUAUCAAUAAAUUAAACUUAUUACACGAGAGAUUAAAAAACAUGACGGACAUUUAUGAGACUUUAAAUCGGCUUAAACCCAAGAAAAUAUAUGAUCCUUUUGUUUCUGAUAAAACGUUGCAUCAGGAUACUACAUCAGAAAAAAAUAAAAGGAUUGGAAAAACUAAUACCUCGUUAAAUAGUCCAGUCGAUAUGAAAAAUGAUGAGUUAAAUGCUCUCUCAAAUAACAUAGAGUCAAUGAAAAACUGUUUUGUUCAAUUAGCCGAAGCAAUAUCAAAAGUGGCUCUCGACCAAAAUGAAUUGAAACUAAAACUAGCUAAUGUCUAUGCAGAAACGUACAAACAAACGCGAGAAAAUUUUGAGAUUACUAGUGUGACACAAAGUUGCAAAAAUAUUGCAGAACCUGAAAUAGUAGUAACUAAAUCUCAAAGCAUAACUACUGUUUCAAAAACAAAAUUUGAAAAUAAUACAACAGUAAAGCAAAUAAGAAAAGAAGAAAUAGCACCGAAAAAUUCGUCAAAAAUCAAAACUACAUCAACUAAAAAACUUUCAAUCAAUGAUAUUCGUAAAAAAAAACUUACAAGUUCUAAGGAUAGUAUGAGAAGUAAAGCUUCAAAACCAAGUAAAAAAAUUCAAAACAUGAAUGGAGAAAGUUUAACCUCUAAACAAAAACUUUUAGAAAAGCAUACUUCUACUACAGGUUUAAAUGGAAAACACUUGGACAACCCUUUUAAAAAUAUACUAGAAGAAGGAUCUUAUACAGAUAUGACAGAUGAGGUUCUUUUCUCUAACCUGGAUAAGAUUUUAAAAAGUAUGAAAACACCUAACAACACUGUUGAAAAUUCAAUUGAGAGUAAUAUAUUUAAUUUAGAUAGUAGUGCAGGAUUUAAUAGUAAAUCGAAAAGUUUGUUAAAUAAAAUGUCACGAGAACUUAGUAAUUCAAACAAUUCUAAAGAGAUUAUCGAGGAAAUACCGAAAAAAGACUUGGUGCCAGGUUGUGAUAGAAUAUGCCAACAAUUAAAUUUAAAGUCAUUGUAUCCAAAACAAUUUGAAGAAGAAAAAAAUAAAAAUAAUUUGAGUAAUACUACUAUUGAUAAAUCUAUAGUCAACGAAGAAAAAUGGCUGAGUUUUAACGAAAUAUGUGAUAUCAUACUUAGGAAUAAUAAUAAAGUAGACAAAUUUAAUCAGCACGAAUUUAUUAAUGAACCUAAGCAAGAAAAAAAAUUGAAUACUGGCCAAAUUGACGAAAUGUAUAUAAAGAGCGAGUGUCAUGACAAUUUAAACAACCAUAUGUUAGAAACAAAUGUUUCAGAUAAACCCAAUGGUUCCCAAAAUAAACAAAAUAUGAAAUUAGAGCAAUGCUGCAGUAAAGAGAUAAAAAUUGAAGAAAAAAACGAUGCAAAUAUGAACUUAGAUGAGAAACUGAAUUUAAGUUGUAAUCAAAAUGCUAUAUGUUCAUUUCUUAAAUCACAGCCAAUACCAGAGUGGUCUAAAAUAUCUAUAUAUUCUAGAAAAAAUGAACUUGAAAUGUCUUGUAAAAAUGAUGAGAACUAUGAAUUUUUACCAUCUAAAAUAGUACCACAGCGUACCAAAUCUUCUGGUUGUUUAAAGUGGGUAACAUCAGAAAAUACACUAAAAAAUAAAGCUGAAAAAAAACAAGAGACUUCAAGUCGUUCAUGUAAAAAUAAUGAAAUUUGUCAAUAUCUAAAAUCUCAACCAGAACCAGAUUGGACAAAGUCAACAAAUGAAAAGCAUAACAUUAAUAAAAUAUUUAAGUGUAACAAUGAUGGCAUAUGUCAGUUUUUAAAAUCGCAACCCGAACCAGAAUGGACAAAAAAUUCAAAACUUUUCCAAGAAAAUAAUAAUAUAGAAAUUGUUGAAAAUCAUAAACCUUCAAGCAAAUCGCCAUUGAAAAAUAAUGAUAUAUGUCAAUUCCUAGAUUCUCAACCACAACCAGAGUGGACAUCAAAAUGUCCUAAUAAAAGCAAUCUUAAUUUAAAAUAUGAAAUUAAAAAAGAAGAGAAAACUUCAUGUACAAAAUGUAAUAGUAGUAUUUGUGACUUUAUUCAGACUAGAUUGGAAACAAAAAGUACUUUAAUGUCAGUUAACAUUAUAGAACCCAAAAAAACCAAUUGUCCCAUAAAUAUUGAUAAGCAAUCAAAAGAAAUGAAGUCGGAAAGUGACUCAUAUUGUGACGAAAAUAACAUCUCUGAAAACACUAAAACAUCAUUUAACUCAUACAAUGCGAAUAAUUCCUUUUCUGGAAAUCGAAUAGAUAAAAUAGCUACUGAUAAUUCAGUAAAUUUCGAUUGUAAGAAACACAAUGAAAAUGGUCAAUAUGAUUUGAGUGUAAUGGACAAAAAUAAUUGUGAUUUUCUGUCAAGUUCACUUGGUAAUAAACAAGAGUCAAUGUGUGUGUUACAAUCCACAACUAAUGAUACUUCUAAAAGAUUCAAUAACGAAGUUUGCAAUAAAAAAUGCCCUAUAAUAGAUUCUACAUUAAUCAAUAACAUUAACGUUGAUUCAAUAUUGAUCAAAAAUAAUCAAGAAGAUGAAGAAAUAAAAUCUGGUAAAAAAUGUUUUUGCCCUCAGAAAACUACUAAUCCUAUAAUUGAUGCUAAAAAAGAUUCAACGAAAUAUCCUAAAGAAGAUCAAAACACUAAAAUAUUAAGUCCUUGUGGACCGUGCAUAGGCAAAUACGAAUCAGAAAUUAUGCAAAAAAGUUUUACUCAAUGUCAAUUAAAUACUCAAAACGAGAAAAAAGAUCAUUGUGAUAUAAUGGAACCGAAUAACGAAUUGAAAGAGAAAAAAACAAUGAACGCUUUAGAGGAAUCCAAUAUAAAUAAAAGUACGAUAUGUCCGUGCUUUAAAAAAAAAUCACUAUUGAUAAAUGAUUCAGACAAAAAAGAUGAAAUGCAGUUUCAUAGCAAUGUCCCAUGUUCUUGUACACAAAAUACGACAUUCUUAUGUUCUACGGAAGUCCAAUCCGAAUAUCCCAGUACCGAACCCACUUAA